AUGUCCUCGAAAUCACCUCUCACGCAACCACCUCGUCCUCCUCCACGUAAAGGACCAAACCCCUACCUCCUCCUGGGGAUGGUAGUAGUCAGUUCAGCAUCAUUCUUCAUCCUGGCUGAGAAAAGACAUAACGACCAACAAGCUUCGGGUACAACCAGGAGGAAGGAGAUGGCAAAUCCACUUUUACCGUCUAGGCAGGCUGAGACGGUGGAACUGCCGCCGAGGAGGAAAGUGGAGUGA